ACCGCGGGCGGCCGGCAGCCUCCGCGACGCAUCAUCGACGCGGUGCCUUGCGUGCCUUCGAGAACGCGCUCGCUUCUACGCGAAACGUACGCGCGGCCUUCUGCGUGUUUUGGAACGCACACACAGCAUCGGUGUCGCGCGCGCGCGCGCGUGUCACAUGGUCUUCUCGUGUCCCAACCGCAGCAUCCCCGCCGAUAUCCCGAUACACGAGAUCCGUCUCCCCUCGCCCGAGUUGGUCCGAUCAGUAGAUCACGAGAGCGCGGCACGCGAUAGCGCGGUCCGCGGAUAGCGCGGGGAAUGAGCGAACUGUCAUGAUCGGCGCCGAAAUCAGCUGACUGGCCCGACCGCUCGGCGAAAUCGAACAUGACGUCCGGAAGCAGCGGUACCAGGGAAGACUCGACGUCGCGAUUCGCACGCAUUGCGACACGGUCGACGAGAUUGUAGCACAGUGAGCUUGAUUGGUCUAUCACCGAUCGGAGUCAUCGAUCGAUCGAGCGAGGCAAAGAGGCUGCGGGAGGUCGGAUCGCGUGAAAUUGCGCUCUUCCAAAGUGGGUCGAACCCCCGCGAAUGCGUUUACCCUCGCACCGCGGGCAGGAGAAGCCGUACCACUUCCCUCGCUGCUGGAUGAGACCCGCGGGAUAUUUCCAGUGAAUCGAGCGUAGGGGUAUGCGCGCGCGCGCGCGCGUCUUUCGCACGCGUGCAAUCGUACACGCGUCGUCUACUAUGCGUAGCGCUAAACCAAUCUACCACCCUCUCGAUACCUAAAAGCGAGUAGUACACGGUGUUUGUGCACGGCGGGAAGGGGGAGUCGAGACUGCGGAAAACUGUGAGGGUGCUCAGGAAGAAGGGGGUGACGCGAAAGAGAAAGAGAGAGAGAAAGAGAAAUUACUCGUGAGAGAAGUGGAAGGGAGAAGAGAAAGAGAAGAGAAAGAGAGAGGAGCGAGAAAGAUAGACGAACAUAGAGGAGCUGGAGAGAGUAAUGAUCGUGACGACGGUUGUGCGGACAAAUGAACACCUCGGCACAGCGUUUGGGAUAUUCCAAGAGUUGCCUGUCAUCGCGAGAGCGUUUCUUGUAACGGGCCCUAGAGAGAAGGGGAAAAGCCACGACACGACCUUAUCUACCUCGAAAGGUCCAACGUUCGAUCCAUUGACUCGUCGAGACCCUAAUACGGCGCACGGAACUGACGUCGGCCGAUAGGUCGCCCGUGUCCCAGAAUCGGGGCUCGGAUCGACAUCCCAGUAUCGAGAUGUGAGGAAUGAUCACGUGGGUGAUGGUCGGGCUGCUUCUGGCUGCGGAAACUUGCGGCAGAAAUGUCCUCUCCGGAAACGGAAACGGAAACGAAAAGGAGGAAGCGAAGCGGCGGGAGGACCUGAAGGGCGUCAGCGCGGACGAGGAAGACAUCUACCGUCUAACGUGCUAUACUUGUGUCAACGUCAGCGAUAACCAGAUGUGCAACGAAUGGGCGAUAGAUACACCGUGUCCGGCAGGCGGCCGUGAUUUCUGUCAAUCGAUGCACAUUCUGGACAGCCGGGGAAACAGCGUCUUGGUAAGCAAGGCUUGUGUCAGCAGCGAGGAAUGCGGGCCAGGAUUGGUCGGUUGCAUUCCCAUGGACACGCAGCAGAUCUGCAUAAGUUGCUGCGACCUGAGCUAUUGCAACAUCGAGUCGCCUACCAACGCCACAAACGCGAUCUACUCGCGGAAGCGGCGAGCCAAGUCGAAAUCCAAGCGCAAACGACCUGGCAGAAACGGGGUCGAAGCGACGAUGCGGCUGUACGGGCCGAGCUUGCUCUGGCUUCCCGCCUCGAUCUUCUAUGCAUAUCAUUGCUGAGGAAGCAGCAACAUUACUAAUUCGCGAACGCGAAGCGGACAGCGCGGAAAUCGCGCGCGAAAUCAUACACCGCGACGGAAUUGUGGAGGGGCGUGUGACGUCGCCGUCUUUUGAUCGAAUAUUGUUCUCUGUGAUUCCUUCUGUAGCUUCACACUCGCCUAAAGAAUUACUAAUAAAAGAACUGACGUGUCUAAUUCCGACCAAACUCUCCGACAAAGGGCCAUUUUUUCGCACUCGUCGAAUUGAUCUCGGCGACGAUUAUUGUCGUCCAAUUAUUUAGAAAGAAAAGGUCGUUCUCUAUUUUUUGUACUCUCGUUUGACAUAUUCACCCUAUUAUUACUUGAAGCCGAAGAAUUAACUUUAAUGGAAAUGCAACAAAUUUCAACAUAUUGUACAUCGAACAUGUCGAUCGAACGCUUUAUGUUUCGGGCACGCCAGGAAAACGAAAUGUUCGUUUCGGAUAUAAAGUGUCCGUAAGAAAUUGUUUGGGAGUAAUUCCAGGAGAGAUUCAGACGAACGAGAUCUAGGAUAGAGCGGUCGAAAAACUUGGCGCCGUUUCGCGCUGUCCGAGACGUUAUUAAUCGGGGACUCUUCGAACUAAUCGGGUCCCCCGUGAUGGCAAAAGGAAUUGUUUUUCCGUCGUAGUAUCGGUAGUAUCGCUAUGCCUCGAAGUAGAAGGAACUUAAGGCACAAAAAGUACGGCCGAAGAAGACUUGGAGAAAAUCGAUAGUUCCGAAUUCGUUUCCGGCGAGACUCGACGACAAUCUAUAUAGACACACAAUAAAAUCAACCUACCAAUCAUACUGAGGUGUAGUUUACCACGACGAUCUACGUCUUGCUUCUAUAUUUCACACUCUUUCAAAAAAAAUCAAAAACUCAAUAAACGCGUAUCGUGAUUAAAAAUAAUUAAUUUAGAGAGUAUAUAAUAAUUAAUAAUAAAACGUAGAAAGGGAAAGUGUAUGUGUAUUGUAUAAGGUAUGAAAAGUUUAAUUAACUUGAUUUCUCUAUAUCAAAAUAUUUGUGAUAUGCACAUAUUUCAUUUAAUUUAGUGGAAGAUUGAACGGAUAAAAUUGUUUUAUCGCGCGUGACUGACAGUUAACAUGUUGAAUGUGAAAUGUUUGUUCCAGUUAUAAAUGCGUAAUUCGUCAAACAAAAAAAACCGCUUAAGCUCGCUACAUCGAAAUUUUUUUGGUGUACAUUGUUCAAUUACAUAAGUAACGCAUCAGAAGCGAAUUCGAAUUAUCGAACGAAAAAUUAUUCAUACAUCUACCAACUCGCCUAUUACAGACUCUUUACUGCUAUCACAUAAUUAUUAUUAACAAUUAUACAUAAAUAUAUUACAAUAUAGAUACUAUACAUUGUUUCGGCAUGAUGUAAGAAUACUGUUGGUAAUGAAAUAAAGAAAAUUAUACUUGUCA